UUGCAAGAAAAUAAGACAAAUAUUCGUCAACAAUAUUAAUAAUGAACCAAGUUACUUCAGACUCAUUGUUAAGUAUAGAAAAAGAAUACCGUUGUUAUAACGAUAUUCAUAAACGUUUAGCAUCAUAUGUAAUUGAUGAGUAUGACGAAAAUCUAAAACUUAUGUCUGGAUCAUGUAUAGACAUAGAUUGUGGUCUUGGAGAUGUAACGAACAAUAUUCUCUUACCAGCUCUUGGACCAAAAGCAACAGUAAUUGGCACGGAUAAAUCAAAUCGCGCAAUCAAUUAUGCGAAAGAAACAUAUGUAAACCAGGCACGACUCAAAUUUGAAAUAUUAAAUAUUGAAACUAAAAAUUUACCGAAAAAAUAUAUCUCCAAAUUUGAUCACAUAUUUUUGUUUAAAGCUUUGGAUUGGAGCAUGGAUUACAAGUACAUAAUUAUAAAUUAA